UCGGUCGAGAUGCCACCACCAGGACGCGGAUAUGGAGGACCUCCUAGGGGAGGGCCCGGAAUGGCUUACGGACCACCGCCACCUCGUAUAAAUGUCGGCGUAAAUAUUGGUGGACCACCACCACCGCCAAUGGGUGUGGGCAUUGGGUUUGGACCACCACCGCCACCAGCUGUGAUCAUCGGAGCACCACCGCCACCACCUAUGGUUGUAGUGCCACCACCAAGACCCACCGUUGUGGUGGGUGCCCAACCGCCAGUGGCCACUGUAUAUGCCCAGCCCCAGGGAGAGGUUUUCUGCUGCACGAUUCUCUGAUGGCAAACCAUGAAAAGGAAAUAUUAAAAUGUAUACUGUGCUUCUACAUAGAGUUAUUAACUACGUUUCUACACCCUAAAUUAGUUAAAUAAAAAUAGUUUAUUCAUA